UUUCUUCUUCUUCCCCUUCCUCCUCUUUUUCUUCAUCUUCGUCGUGAAAUUAAAGGAGAGAUUUUUACUGAUUUCUUCCGCGCAGACAUCAAUCUCUUCCUCUUUGUUGAUUGAGUUGAUCGGUUUAGUGCUCUUCGUUGUGUUUUUUUUUACCUUUGAUAAGAUCAAUUCGUUCAUGAAGAGGUUCAGAGGAUUCAGGGUGGGGCGGCGGCUCGCCAGGUUGUGGAGCCGCGUCGCCGGCCGCUGUCCCCGCCGGCGUCCCACUAGCUACGUCCGCCUCGAGCCGGACGGAGAGUCCGACCUUUUCGAGCUCUCGUGGGCUGCCAAGUUCCUUUGCUGGGGCCGCCUCCUCCUCCCCCGCUGCCUGCGCCUCGGCGACGCGGGAGGAGCAGGAACCGCCGGCGGGAGGAGGAGGACGCUCGCGGAGUCGCCUGCUCGAGAGGGCCAAGCGGAUGGCAAAGGACCGGGGUUUCGACCGCCGCCGAGAGGGCACCUGGCGGUGUACGUCGGGGGCGAAGGGGAUGGCGCGCCGCCCCGGCGGCGGUACACCGUGCCCGUCAUUUACUUCAACCAUCCUCUGUUCGCGGAGCUGCUCCGGGAGGCGCAGGAGGAGUUCGGCUUCCACCACCCCGGAGGAAUCACCAUCCCUUGCCCCGCCGCCGAGUUCGAGCGCGUCCGAAGGAUCAUCGCCGCCGCCGCUAAAAACGACCAUGAGAAGCUCCUCCGUAGGAGCAUCUCAGCUCCUCUCUAAAUUCUCACUCUACUAAAUACUUUAGAUCGACCAUUUGCCUCUUA